AUGUUCGAUUGUUGUGCUCCUAUAACUGCAGUUCCGGUUGUGCAAGCUUUGCUGUUGAUUGUGUUCGUUGGCAUAUGCAUCUACGUCAAGAAGAAAAGAGAUGAUCAAUCAAGACUUGGAAAGUUCUUGGCGGAUUACGAGGCACUUAAACCUGCCAGAUUCUCUUAUGCUGAUAUUAAAAGAAUCACAGGCCAAUUCAAGCAUAUAUUAGGUGAAGGGGCACAUGGAACAGUCUUCAAAGGUAAGCUAUCUUCUGAAGUUCAAGUGGCUGUCAAAGUACUCAAUAAUAACGAUCGAAAAGACUUCAUUAAUGAAGUGGGGACAAUGGGCAAAAUUCAUCACAUAAAUGGUGUUCGUUUGUUGGGCUUUUGUGCUGAGGGUCUUCAUUGUGCUCUUGUUUAUGACUUUUUUCUUAAUGGUUCCCUCUAA